UUCUUCUUGAAAUUAUUGUUAAAAACGAGCCGGUAUUCUUUUGUUUAUUUCACUGUGCACGGUAGUGCACAUGGGGCCAAACUGCAAGCCUUAGAAUUAAAGAAUUAAAAAUGUUCUGUUUAUAUUAUAUGGAUUUCUAAGGUAACCGCCAAUUCAUGAUCUUCGCCAAUUCAUGAUCCUUCCCAAAAUGUCUGAUCAACAACUUCAGGAUGAAACUUUGGAAAAAUCAGAUUCAACUCGCAGAGAAUCACAUCCCGAUCCUGAUUUGGAUGUGGGCAGCGAGCAGUUUAAUCCGCUACGUGCCCUCUAUGAACCCAGCUACAAGAUUACGGAGACAGCGCCUAAAGUUCUAUACCAGAACUUGGCCGCCUUCGAUAGUGCCUUUAAAAAGUUUGGAAUUUGGCAAUUAAACAAGCGGCAAAAAUCCGCACCUCCACCAAGCACAGGAUCAGAUUCAACACCGGCAACCAGUUCGCCUCAAACGGUCGAGAAAAAGCCCAAAUCUAUUCCGAAAUUAGCGAAUUUCGAAGUGCCAGAACGCCGUUUUGAGCUUCAUCAGAUGCCCACGUUGAGAACUUUAAACAAAAAACAUAGGCGGAAUAUUUUCACAUACAUGGAGGCAUCCUCGGGACCUCUAGCCCUUUUAAAAAGCUGUGUGCCAUCCUCGGACAAAACGCAGCCAACUGAGGCAACACGAAUUCGAGUGGUUGUUCGGAAGCAAGGAAAAGUUGGUGGAAGCGUGGAAGGGGAGUUGGUGGCCUUCGACAAGCAAUGGAAUCUACUUCUGCGAAAUGCCACCGAGACUUGGAGGAGAAGAAAACAUAACUAUGGACACCAGAAUAUCUGCGACGAAUCCGUAGAUUGUAGCGAGAGGUUCAAGGAGCUAGGCAUCUCGCUUCCGAAGCUAAAUGUGAAGAGCCUGAACAGAAAAAACGUCGAAAUUAAGCGAGAUCUGCCACAGGUUUUAAUACGCGGCGAAAAUGUGGUUCUUGUUAGUUUAAUUUCUAAUAAUAAUUGUAAAUGA